AGUAAUGAAUAUCGGACGAACAUACAGAUCAUAAUCGUUGUUAUUCUAUUCUAAUCCCAAAAAGUGAACAUUAUUAACACGUGUUUAGGAAAACGCUCCCAAACAGCAAUUGCCCUCUCCGGAUUGCGUGUGCGAGCGGACAAGAAAACGUUCCUCUUUUUCUUUGCUUCUUCCUCUACCUCAUCGUAUUCAGCCGUAUUUGUGCCGUUGUCACAAAGUGAGCUAGCAGGGUGGUGGGUCCAAAAAGCAGUAGCAGCAGCAAAGAACAAGCGUUCGCGAAACACGUCGUGAAGCUGCCAGACCCAGUAGCGUAUCGCUUAUAACAAAGGCUAAAAGGCAGACGAGGAAGGCACACGUGUGAGACCAAGGCGGGUAGAUUUGAAACAGCAGCAGAAUGCAAACAAUAAAGUGCGUGGUCGUCGGUGACGGUGCCGUCGGUAAGACUUGCCUGCUCAUUUCCUACACGACCAACAAAUUUCCAUCCGAGUACGUACCGACGGUGUUUGACAAUUAUGCCGUGACGGUCAUGAUCGGUGGCGAACCCUACACGCUCGGUUUGUUUGAUACAGCUGGCCAGGAAGAUUACGAUCGACUACGACCAUUGUCGUAUCCUCAAACAGACGUUUUUUUAGUGUGUUUCUCCGUCGUUAGUCCCAGCUCUUUUGAGAACGUUAAAGAAAAGUGGGUGCCCGAAAUAACGCACCAUUGUCAGAAAACUCCGUUCCUGUUGGUGGGCACGCAAAUUGAUUUGCGCGACGAAAACAGUACGCUGGAGAAAUUGGCUAAAAACAAACAAAAACCCAUCACCCUCGAGCAGGGUGAGAAGCUGGCCAAGGAACUGAAGGCGGUGAAAUAUGUCGAGUGUUCUGCGUUGACCCAGAAAGGGCUGAAGAACGUUUUCGACGAGGCAAUCCUGGCAGCGCUGGAACCCCCAGAGCCAACGAAAAAGAGGAAGUGCCGAUUUUUGUAAAAAAAAAACACCCAUACAAACACCCUACCUACUAUCCGUUUUCGUGAAAACAUUCUUUAGCACAUGACGAGAUAUUCGGAUGAUUGUGUCUUUCGCGCACACACACAGACACAAACCGCAUCGAUCGUCAUGAGAUCAGGAUAAAAAUCAUUAGAUCUUCUUCGUAUACUUUCGUUCUUCUUCAUAACACUUCGGUUUUAUACACAGUCCCGUUGCUUUUCGUAAGGUUUGCAGUCAGGAGAUGGUUUGUAAACGGGCCGAAAGUACGGCUGGGCAGGCACAGGGCACCGAUAAGCAGUGCGCUAAUCCGUAGCAAUGGUUUUUCGUUGUUUCACGUUCCCGCAUUAAGCCUAAGGUUGUUUGUUACGAGCAUGAUAAAUGGGUCGAUGAACCAUUAAGGAAGGUAAAGUUCCCGAUAAAUCCCACAACAGCGUUGUUACUUGCGCGCCUCCUAAUUGUAGAACAGCAAAUAUUUGUAAGCGAAACAAAUAUGUGCAACAUGAAGAACAUACAACCUCAAAAUUGCAGAUAUGAAGAAGAUGAUACAGAGACAAAGGCAUAUAGUUUUGUUGUCCUGUAAGAUGGCAGUGCAAAAAGCAAAUACCGCUAAUUACAUGAUUUGCACACCAGCUAGGAAACAAACUAAUAAUACAUUUUGCUAAUUAAGUGAGUGAAUGUAGAACUUAGAAGAAAAAUCCUUAAGGAGCAAAUCCUUAAGAACGAAGAUUGAGCUGGGUUUCUUUCGUUUCCUUUCAACCCAACCAACAAAAAUUAAUGCGAAACUAAAGCACACGACGGUUUACUGUGGGUACGUGUCACGCGGGCAAGCUUUAGCCUAAGUUUGAGAGAUUGAUAAAAAGGCCAACAUAUUACCUAUACGAUAGGAGGAAGGAAAGACAAAGAGGGGACAGCAAAAACAAAUAUAUAUAUACAUAAAGAAAGCGAAUUAUAAAGCGCAUAAAUAUUAAGUUACAUACAUGAACACAAAUACUGACGGUGCAAAGAAACAAGUUAAAACUAACAAACCGCUCUUAACAGCAAGAACAAACAACAAUGUUAGGGCAUCAGGAAAAUCCACCACCUCCCUUACUACCCGAUUUGCGCGCGGGUGGUUGCGUUUCGGUCACUUUUGUUAAGACUGGACCGUACACUCGCUUGAAGUUUUGUUUUCUUGUGGCUGGAAAGUUCCAACCGUGUAUAUCGCACAGGGGCGCAAAUUCUCCAGGAGAGUGCGCAAUAUUACUAUAAACAGCAUGGACAGAAGGGGAUAAACAAGGAUUUCCUAAACCUUAUACAGCUUUUUUACACUACAGGAUCGUGACGGUAGUUAUUGGUAUACAAGAAGCAGCACUGAUUUAAAGAGACAAGUCUAAAGGAGACUAGAGAGAGACACACACACACAGCCAGGGUGUGUCCUUUUGUAUUGUUAGCUGUGUACAUACAAGGGCGAGUUGAUAACAACACGAAGACGUGUUGAUUGUGCCGGAAAACCCAGCAGGAUACAGAGUGCUGAGUGCUUUUUCCCUCCCCAUAUUUAACCGGUUUGAUGUUGCACUGCUGCGUAACCGCAUAUAUAUGCGCCUCAGGUUGUAUUUUGCCUCGUCUGUUUCACUAGAACCCAGUUUUGUAUUAAGGAUAUUCAGGAUCCUAGCUACUAAAGAACGAAUCCAACUUCAAUGAGAUCAAUGAAACACGACCGUUUGAUUAAAGUUUUGGAUGCACCAUCGUGCGAAAAGUUGAAAUUGAUUUGAAUUGAACUUUUGUGAAUUGAUAGACAAUUUUGAACUAAAACAAUCGAUUUGUUUUUUGUUGUUUAUACUUCACCGUCGUGUCAUCAUUUUAAUGCCUUAAAAGACGAUAAAUUCAAUACUACUACGGUACCGAUAUUACUAUUCUAUAACACUUUGAAUACACCUUCUUCUUUUCUGGCUCAUUUAGUCGCCAUGUAUGCCACUUUUGCCCAAAAGUUGCUCGUACUGAGGCAAAUUGUAUGAUCGGUCUCGAGUUCGUUGCGAGUCAUUUUGUGGAGGAUCGGAUGAAUGUUAAUUUAGGCAAAGAAUAUAAAACGUUUGCGGCAGGCGAAUUUCGUGAAAAAAGUUGCCCAGCUUAGGCAAACAAAUAACAAAUUAAUAAUUUUGCUCGUGAAAAUUUAGACAAAAGUUUUGUUCGAAGAAGAAACACGUUUCUUUUUUUUACGAUGGGACCGAACAGUCUCUAGGAUAGAUCGUUUGUAUUAUCCCGAGGAAAAAAAUUGUAAUAAAUAUAUUGUAUUGUACACAAUCCCACAAGAUAAAUGCGCGAUAAGGGAGACAAGAGUUAGCGUACACGGAAUAUUCUUGUCUUUGCACUGUACCAUAAUCGCCGGUCUUUGCAAUUCCGGCUUGAACAACAAACUGCUGGCUUCUGCUUUGUUAAUGUCGUGCGAAAGUCAAUGACGACCCAGGCACACUGUUAGGAAAUGUUAGACAGAUUUGGUGUGUUCUCCACGAUGGCUUUUUGCUCGUCCACCGGAGUGUAAUAUCUUGUGCAAAAGGGAAUUUGGACUUUCGUUCCUUUAUAGUGUAGUUUUUGGAGUUUUUGGUAUUAACUGUUGCAUUACAUACCAUUUGACUGCAAACAUGAUUUCACGUGCGUCUACCAUUCACAUGCUGCUGGUACUGUAUCAGGGCUUACCUUUCUAUCCAAUUCUUUUAUUAUUUAAAACAAAAAAAACUUAUGUUGAUAACACAGCAUGUUUCGAGAAAGAAGGAAUAAUUAUAUUUAACGGAAAAUAAAUAUUAAAAUAAAACAAAAACACAUUUUUAU